GUCGAACUGUGUUUUAAUAGCAUCGCAACAAUCUGCAAGUCGAACCGUUCAAUAAAAAGAUGGCCUGCAAAACGAAUAUUUGUAAGCGUUCAACAAGUGAAGAGGAUCAACGUAAGCAAUGUAAUAUUAAGGUAUGCAAUGAUUGCUCAUGUACCCCUGCUCAGUCUAAAGAACUGAAAUGUAACAAAUCUGGUUGCAUUUGUGUACCGACUGAAGGAAAGCCAUGCAUUUGCAUUUGCAAGAAAGAUGGGAAAUUCGUUCGCUGUGACGACUGCAAGUGUGAUGAAAAUGGCAAAUGUGAUAAACCGGAAUGUCUCUGUAUACCGACUGAAGGAAAACCUUGUAUUUGUCUGUGUAGCGAUGACAAAGGUAAUAUAAAGGUAUGCGAUGAUUGCUCAUGUACUCCUGCUCAGUCUAAAGAAUUGAAAUGUGACAAAUCUGGUUGCAUUUGCGUACCGACUGAAGGAAAGCCAUGCAUUUGCAUUUGCAAGAAAGAUGGGAAAUUCGUUCGCUGUGACGACUGCAAGUGUGAUGAAAAUAGCAAAUGUGAUAAACCGGAAUGUCUCUGUAUAUCGACUGAAGGAAAACCUUGUAUUUGUCUGUAUAGCGAUGACAAAGGUAAUAUAAAGGUAUGCGAUGAUUGCUCAUGUACCCCUGCUCAGUCUGAAGAACUGAAAUGUGACAAAUCUGGUUGCAUUUGUGUACCGACUGAAGGAAAGUCAUGCAUUUGCGUUUGCAAGAAAGAUGGGAAAUUCGUUCGCUGUGACGACUGCAAGUGUGAUGAAAAUGGCAAAUGUGAUAAACCGGAAUGUCUCUGUAUACCGACUGAAGGAAAACCUUGUAUUUGUCUGUGUAGCGAUGACAAAGGUAAUAUAAAGGUAUGCGAUGAUUGCUCAUGUACCCCUGCUCAGUCUGAAGAACUGAAAUGUGACAAAUCUGGUUGCAUUUGUGUACCGACUGAAGGAAAGUCAUGCAUUUGCGUUUGCAAGAAAGAUGGGAAAUUCGUUCGCUGUGACGACUGCAAGUGUGAUGAAAAUGGCAAAUGUGAUAAACCGGAAUGUCUCUGUAUACCGACUGAAGGAAAACCUUGUAUUUGUCUGUGUAGCGAUGACAAAGGUAAUAUAAAGGUAUGCGAUGAUUGCUCAUGUACUCCUGCUCAGUCUAAAGAACUGAAAUGUGACAAAUCUGGUUGCAUUUGUGUAACGACUGAAGAAAAAUCUUAUUCUUAAUUAUCCAGCGAUCACAAAGAUACCGGGUAACCAGAUGAUGGGAAAUUGAAGAAAACCAUAGUGUUACCAUGAUCUGUAAUUUCGGUUAUUUUGUUCUAUCAUCGUAUC